AUGGAGAGCUCCGAGGAUCUGGAGAGCAGCCUCCUGACCCAGCCCUGGGCUUCUGUUCGCUUUGGAGAGUCCACUUUUCUUGCCAAAGUGUGCUUCAGGGAUACUGGCUAUAUCCUGCUGAUCUCUGACCUCAGCAGUGUCUGGUACGAGAGUACAGACACCGAGGCUGUGGGACAAAGGUCCAAGGAGCUGAACAAGCGGCUGACGGUUCACGUGUCCUCCUUCCUGAACCACUUGUGCAACCUGAUGUGCCCCUUGCUGGCAGGACAGCCAGGUGCCACCACCUCCUUCUCCUGCCACCGCUCUCCCAGUGGCCUGAGGCUGCAUGUGAAAAGCGAGCUGUCAGGACUGCCCUUCUACUGGGACUUCCACUGCUGCCCUGCUCCCUUGGAGAUGGUGUUCCGUCACCUCGUGCGGCCUCUGAUUCAGAUGAACCUGGCGCUGCAGUGCCAGGUGCAAGAGCUGAUUUCCCUGCUGCUCCAGAAGGAUGCUGAGAUUGAAGAUUACAGGGAGAGUGGGGCCACUCUCAGCAGAGACCGCCUGCGGACAGAGCCCUUCCAGGAGGAGACAUUUCAGCAGAACUUCAUGGCUGAGACCCUGCCCAGGAUCUGCAGUGCAGGAGAAGGGCAGGCAUUUGCCUCUGCUCUGCAGCAGCUCUACACUGCAGUGACAAAGCAGGAGGCCAAGCAGGCUCGGAAACAGCAUUGCUCUGAGGGCGACGUGGAUACAGCACCCACUGCAGAAACCACAGAGCACCCCCAUCCACCUGCUCCAUCCCAGGAGGAUGAAACAACAUCUUCCAGCGAGAGAACCUCACCAGCCUCCUCCCCAGCUAAGAAGCCCCGGCUGCCUGCAGCCAAGGCCAAGCCAAAGAAGGCAAAAGGACUCUUCAGCUGAAAAAUUGCUGC